CAUGAACCAGAAAAGCAACAUGAUCACAAGAUUCAUACAAAUAUUAUUACAGUAAAAUAUUAUGUACUCCUUGUAAAAACAAGGGAAAAUGAAAAUCUACAAAUAGUGAUUGGAAAUUGGAAUUACAACAAAAAUAGAAUAAAAAGACAAUUAUUUUGUUACCACUCCACCAAUGAUUCUCACUCCAUUCACAACCAAACAAAAGAAGUACCUUAAACCACCCUCAUAUCUUCUUUGAAAUGUCUGAAAUACCCUCAAACCAAUGAACACCACCACUACCACCUUAGAUAACAAAGUAACAUACAAAGCACCCUCAAAUAAGUAAGUGAAAUGACCAAAAUGCCCCUAAAGAAACAACCAUCUUCAUUGAAGUAGCAGAAUUCCAAGAAACUGAUGAGGACAUAGGGAGUGAGCCAGAUGGUGAAAUGGCCAUGGUGUUGGGCCCAAAAGAUGAUAUGUCAUCUGGGUUAGGUGGGCUUGGGCUAGAAGGAAUGGUGGGAAGUGAGGAUUCAGUAGGUGAAAGUUCACCUCCACUAGGUGAAGGAAACAAAGGAGUAAUGUCAGGAGAUAAAGCAGGAGAAGGAGAAGACAAAGGUGGUGAUGAAGAUGAAGAUGAAGGUGAUGAUGGUAGUAAUGCAGGUGCUGCAGAGAUAGCAUUUGCUUCCAUUUGUGCAAAUGAUAAUUGAGAAGAAGAUAAAAGGCAUAAAGCCAUAAGUAUGAGAAGGGUUGAUUGUGCCAUUAAAUGAUGAGUAAAUCAAGAAAGUGUUCAAGAAAGUGUAAUCAAUGUCAAUGUGCUUUUGUGUAGAGAAAGAAAGAAUGUAGAGAGUGAAGGGUGAUGAGAGAGAGGUUAUGA